AAAAACACCAACCUUAACAGCUCCAAACAAACCCAAAAAAUGCAGCCCCUGCCACUUUCUCCUUGUAGUGUCUCAAACAACUUGAUGAUGUCUCACCACUGAUCUUCUCAACUCCCCGGAAAACAUCACCGGAGUUUGUUCUCCGGCCGCCACAAACAACCGUCCAGGUACAAUUGAAAUUGGAUUAUUGAGGCAAUUAUGGAUUCUUCUAUUAUUAUGGCUAACACAAUUCAAGACCCUAAUAAUGAAAUGGAAUUUGAAUCACAUGAAGCUGCGUAUUCAUUUUACAAAGAAUAUGCAAAAUCAGCAGGGUUUGGUACUGCUAAGUUAAGUAGCCGCCGAUCUAGGGCAUCGAAAGAAUUCAUCGAUGCGAAAUUUUCGUGUAUUAGAUAUGGUAAUAAACAGCAAUCCGAUGACGCGAUUAAUCCGCGUCCUUCCCCGAAAAUCGGUUGUAAAGCAAGUAUGCAUGUAAAGAGAAGACAGGAUGGUAAAUGGUAUGUUUAUAGUUUUGUUAAGCAGCAUAAUCAUGAGCUUUUACCUGCUCAAGCUCAUUUUUUUCGGAGUCAUAGGAAUAAUGAUCCGUUAAGUAAUGAUGUUAGGAUGAGACGGAGGAAGAAUUCGACUGCAGGUGGUGGUAAGUUGUUUAGCGCGUAUCAGAAUAUUGAUUGUUUGGAGAAUUUGAUGAAUCGUCAACAAGAUAAAGGUCGGAGUUUGGUUUUAGAACCGGGGAAUGCUCAAUUGCUUCUUGAAUUGUUUAUGCAUAUGCAGGAAGAGAAUCCGAAAUUCUUUUAUGCCAUUGAUUUGAAUGAAGAGCAUCGACUUAGAAAUGUGUUUUGGGUUGAUUCUAAAGGGUUGGAAGAUUUUGGUUAUUUUUCUGAUGUUGUUUCUUUUGACACAGCGUAUUUCACAAGCAAGUAUAAGAUACCGUUGGUGCUUUUUGUUGGAGUUAACCAUCAUGUUCAACCAACAUUGCUUGGAUGUGCAUUGAUAGCUGAUGAGACUGUGUUUACCUUUGCAUGGUUAUUGCAAACAUGGUUUGUAGCAAUGGGGGAACGUGCUCCGCAAGUGAUUCUAACUGACCAAAAUGAUGCUAUUAAAGCUGCUGUUGCUGCUGUUUUUCCUGGAACGCGUCAUUGUUUUUGUUUGUGGCAUGUUUUGGAAAAGAUACCGAAACAACUUGAGUUCUUAAGUACAUGGCAUGAUAGCUUUAUGGAAAAGUUCAACAAGUGUAUAUAUCAAUCAUGGACAGAAGAGCAAUUUGAAAAGAGAUGGUGGAAGCUGGUUGAUAGGUUUAAACUUAGAGAUGUUAAGUGGGUUCAAACCUUGUAUGAUGAUCGUGCAUGUUGGGUGCCAACGUUUAUGAAGGAUAUUUCUCUUGCUGGCUUGUCUACUGGCUCGCGCUUUGAAAGUUUAAAUUCUAUUUUUGACAAAUAUAUCCAAGUUGAUACUUCAUUAAGACAAUUUAUAGAUCAGUACCAACUGAUUCUUGAAGAUAGAGAUGAAGAGGAAGCCAAAGCAAAUUUUGAUGCCUGGCAUGAAACACCUGAAUUAAAGUCACCUUCCCCUUUCGAAAAACAACUGUUGUUAGUUUAUACUCAUGAAAUCUAUCAAAAGUUUCAGUUCGAGGUUUUGGGUGCUUCUGCUUGCCAUCUAAAGAAAGAAAAUGAUGGUGUGAUUACUACUUAUGAUGUGAAAGACUUCGAAAAUAAUCAGAACUACAUGGUAGAAUGGAACACAUCAAACUCGGAUAUAUGUUGUUCCUGUCACUUGUUUGAAUAUAAAGGUUACCUAUGUAGACAUGCAAUUGUUGUUCUACAAAUGUCUGGUGUUUUUAGCAUCCCGCCAAAGUAUAUAUUGAAAAGAUGGACAAAUGUUGCUUUAAGUAGGUAUCCUAUUGGUGAAAACUUGGAAGAGGUUCAAUCCAAGGUCCGGAGAUUAAAUGAUUUAUGUAGACGAGCCAUAAUAUUGGGUGAAGAAGGUUCUUUAUCCCAAGAAAGUUACUAUAUGGCUUUAGGUUCCUUAAGUGAAGCUCUAAAGCAAUGUGCAAAUUUGAACAACUCUGUUGACAAUUCAGCCUUGGCUACCCAUAUUAGUUGCAAUGGUGAAGAAGGGUAUCAAUCUAUUACACCAUCUAAUGAUAAGGUCUCCGAUCCGAAAUUGAAUACGAGUAAGAAGGCUGCAAGGACUGGUGUAGCUGGUAGGAGUCCAGGAGGUGUUGAAGGAAAGGGAAAGGUGCCUCAGCUUGGAGCAGUAAGUGGUAGUAACGAUGGCUUUCAACAAUUGGAGCAUACUGAUAUAAGGUCACAUAAUGUCAUGCCAAUGCAGUUUAACAGCAUGGUGCCGGCGGCUAUGUUCAAUAAUGUUUCGUCCCCCUUUCACACUGCUACCUCAACUCAUUUGCAUGACAAUCAUCUUCCUCCAUAGCUGAAAAAAGAUUCUUCUAAAAAAAGAAUCCAAAAACACCUAGUAUGGGGCUGUACAUAAGAGACACAGCUGUACAUGUUAGACUUGAUCGUAUCUGCGUUUCAGAGGCUAGUAACCAUAGAAUUUGAUGUAUGUUAUCUUAUGUUGGUUUUAUAACUGUUGUUUAUAUUCAGUUGGAUACAAUUCUAUUGGAAGUUAGAACUAGUGGGGGGAAAACUUCUCAAAAAACACUUGUUAAAAAUGAUGAUUAUAACAUCUCCAGCUUCAUAUGUACUUAGUGAUUGAAAUGGCAUGAGAACAACCUCCCAUGGGUUAAAAUGAUGAAUUUUUUCUUAUCUUUUUA